AUGCAAGCCGCACUGGUGCAGUUCGAGGACGCCUAUGCGACGGGCCUGGCGCAACCUGUCGCUGAAUUCCUCAGUCCAGUGCCACCCCCAAACGAUCCAGGACGGCUGUACGAGUUCUACCGCGCAUCGAACGACGAUAAGAUCGUUGGCGACAUACGCUAUGCGCUCAAGUACAACAAGAAGACUCGCAUGGGACAGAAAGAGGGUGAUGCAUGGAUAGAUAUCAUCGCCGCCUACUGGCGCGGAGUCAAGCAAAUCAUUCUCACCGAUGAAGCAACAAACCAGGGCAGGCUCACAGAUCGUCAAUUUCUUGCCGUGUAUGAUGCCUGGAAAGACUUGACCAGCAGCUUCAUCAAGCACAUCUCAAACGGGGCGCUGCCAGCCUGGGCUAUUUUCACACUAUACUUCACGGCGAACCACCUCCGGAAGAUUGCGAUCAAGGCAGGACGAGCAUUUGGCACAAGCUAG